GUUCUCACGUCGCGCAUUCGAAACCCGAAGACAGGUGCCGGCGCGCGCAUCGGCCAUAACAUCCUCGCCUGUUGCAUCGUUCGCUUGUCGAAUGACUGUUCCGUGCCCAGCAUAACAAUUGCUUACACAUAAUAAAACAUACCAUAUUCGGAUGGGACGUGCUGUGCGGUAAUGUUUGUUCCCAAACUUAGAUUCAGUGAGUUCUAGUGACAGUUCGGUGACGAUGCCGGGACACGCCGGGAGCCCGUAUUGGGCCGCUGUGGACUUUGAUAGCGAGGGUGAGGAGCAACAGGAGUCUCCGAACCACCGUGUGUACUUGGACCCUUGGGAUAAUGAAGCUUACGGGAUAAUUCAGGAUACGGACGCAAGUCCGGGGGAGAAUUUGCAUUCGUUCGCUGGCGAGCCAGUCAGUGCUAGUUUUUACUAUGUUCCGACUAAAAACUAUGACUCUGAGGAAGAAGCGCCGGCGCCCCCGCCGCCUAGGAGAAACGUGACACCACCAGAGAUCAUUCCAUGUGAAUAUGCUGUGUACGGGAGGAAGAUGUCCAGAGUAAUACCAGAAAUGAUAUACAAUGAGAGACCAAUGCGAGACCGACGAAGAUCCAUGUACAUCGAGGAGCCAGUGUACGCCCCCCACCCGAUGAUCUACGAGCCCCUUUACGGGCACGUGCUGCCCCCGGCCCCCGGCUACCUCCCCCCGCCACCGCGCUCCAGGAUGUCGCUGCCGCACCACCCCGAGUACAUGAUGGCAAACCUUGGGUAUGGGAAGCAUAGGAGACAUUCAAGGUUAACGGACGCCUACGAGCACUUCGCGAACGAGCGGCUGUCUCCAGAAUACGAGGACUGGGCGCGGCCCUUCCCCAAAACUGCGCCUGACAACUUCCACCUGUCUCGCUACGGGCAUCUGCAGAUCGACUACUCUUGCAGCUGGAACUCACUGGAUAGGCUCAUUAGGAACCAGUAAAUAAGUACUUCGUACCUUAGCUUCCUUACCGAGCCCUGAAAAAGAACAGUUGGCCCUAAAUACUAUUAAGCGAGGGCGCGAUCUUUUCACAAAACUACGGCUAACACUCAUGCUAUGGGCAUCUGUAGAUCGACUACUCUUGCAGUUGAAAUUCGCUUGAUAGGCUCAUUAGGAACCAGUAAAUAAGAAGUAUCGGUAGUUUAAAAAGCUUGCAAUUGAACGUUUAAUACUUAGGACAGAUGCACUUCCCGGCACGGUAUGUAAGUCAAGUGUAUGUAACUGGCGUCAGCCAAUAGGGAAUUAUGUCAAUAUGCAUGAUUUUUUUAUACGAUUCUACUAGUUAUUUACAUGACUAAAAAUACCUAAAUAUAACAAAUCCAAAAUAUAAACUAAGAAACUAGAAAAAAAAAAUUAAAACCGCUAUCAUUUACGGGCAAUUUGGCGCGCUGGAUCGAGCGUAAUCUGACGUCACACGUCUGAUCGUACACUACACUACACUACACACUACACGUAGUAAGAAUAUCGCUUUCGCAUUCGCACUUACAGACGUCAAGACGUCAUUAUUUUUUGAAAAUUUGUACAGGAAUUUAAAA